AUGGACGCCACGCUGCGAAGCACGUCGGUGGAGAACUGCCGUAGCUCAACGUGUGAGGGGACGCGAAGAGGGCAAAGCUCACACGAAUUCUCAACGGCCAGGAAACGGGGGAGAAAUGGACCGAUUUGCGUUGUCCGCACAGUCCAACUGGGGGCGGUGAUGAAUACAUUCAAAGAGGCAUUCAUCGACACUGUGCGUCAAUCCUGGUGGGUCAGAGCUGCUGCAUUAAUCGCAAAUAUCCCUUGCAUGUUUCUCUUGGUUUGUGGCCGUGCACGUUUGAGUGAACUGCCCACAAGGACUGUCACUACUUCUUUUCGCCCAUAG